ACACAAGCGAGAGGAUCAUGGCGGAUGGCCCCAGGUGUAAGCGCAGGAAGCAGGCGAACCCGAGGCGCAAUAACGUUACCAAUUACAAUAAUGUGGUAGAAACAAAUUCAGAUUCAGAUGAUGAAGACAAAUUGCAUAUUGUGGAAGAGGAAAGUGUAACAGAUGCAGCAGAUUGUGAUGCUAGCGUGCCAGAAGAUGACUUGCCAACAGACCAUACAGUAUUACCAGAAAACAGUGAAAAAGCGGGAAGUACAAACAGUUGCUGGGAAGAUGAAGAUGGAAAAGAAACAAAAGAAAUCCUGGGGCCUGAAGCUCAAGCCGAUGAAGCUGGAUGUACAGUAAAAGAAGAUGAAGGUGAUUCUGAAGUAGAAAAUGAACAAAAUCAUGACCCCAAUGUUGAAGAAUUCCUUCAACAGGAAGAUACAGCUGUUAUUUACCCUGAAGCACCUGAGGAGGACCAGAGACAAGGCACACCAGAAGCUAGUGGUCAGGAUGAAAAUGGAACACCAGAUGCAUUUUCCCAACUGCUGACCUGCCCAUAUUGUGAUAGAGGUUACAAACGCUUUACCUCUCUGAAGGAACACAUUAAAUAUCGCCAUGAAAAAAAUGAGGAUAACUUUAGUUGCUCAUUAUGCAGUUACACAUUUGCAUAUAGAACACAGCUUGAACGCCACAUGACAUCACAUAAAUCAGGAAGAGAUCAAAGACAUGUGACUCAGUCCAGUGGUAAUCGAAAAUUCAAGUGCACUGAAUGUGGAAAAGCUUUCAAAUACAAACAUCACCUAAAGGAGCAUCUACGAAUCCACAGUGGAGAGAAGCCAUAUGAGUGCCCAAACUGCAAGAAGCGUUUUUCCCAUUCUGGUUCAUAUAGCUCACACAUAAGCAGCAAGAAAUGUAUUGGUUUGAUGCCUGUGAAUGGUCGAGCACGGUCAGGGCUCAAGACGUCUCAGUGCUCCUCCCCUUCCCUUUCCUCAUCACCAGGUAUCCCAGCGAGACCACAGAUACGGCAAAAGAUAGAAAACAAGCCCUUACAAGAACAACUUCCCAUUAACCAAAUUAAAACUGAACCUGUGGAUUAUGAAUUCAAGCCCAUAGUUGUUGCUUCAGGAAUCAACUGUUCAACCCCUUUGCAAAAUGGGGUUUUUAGUGGUGGUAGCCAAUUACAGGCAACCAGUUCUCCUCAGGGUGUGGUACAAGCUGUUGUUCUACCAACAGUAGGUCUGGUAUCUCCCAUAAGCAUCAACUUAAGUGACAUUCAAAAUGUACUUAAAGUGGCAGUAGAUGGUAAUGUAAUAAGGCAAGUAUUGGAAAACAGUCAUACUAAUCUUGCAUCCAAAGAACAAGAAACAAUCAACAGUGCAUCCAUACAACAAGCUGGUCAUUCCCUCAUUUCAGCUAUCAGUCUUCCUUUGGUUGAUCAAGAUGGGACAACCAAAAUUAUCAUCAAUUACAGUUUGGAGCAACCUAGUCAACUUCAGGUUGUUCCACAAAAUCUGAAAAAAGAAAAUUCUGUUCCCACAAACAGUUGCAAAAGUGAAAAAUUACCAGAAGAUCUUACAGUGAAGUCUGAGAAAGAUAAGAACUUUGAAGGAGAGACCAAUGAUAGCACUUGCCUUCUUUGUGAUGACUGUCCAGGAGAUCUUAAUGCACUUCAAGAAUUAAAGCACUAUGACCCAAAAAAUCCCACUCAGCUUCCUCAGCUCAGUGAAACAGAAGCUGAGAAGUCUGAAUCCCCUGUUCUAUCAGAAACAGGGGAGAGCAACUUAUCUCCUGGUCAGCCACCUUUAAAAAAUCUUUUAUCUCUUCUAAAAGCAUAUUAUGCAUUAAAUGCACAACCAAGUGCAGAAGAGCUCUCAAAAAUUGCUGAUUCAGUAAACCUACCACUGGAUGUGGUAAAAAAGUGGUUUGAAAAAAUGCAAGCUGGGCAAAUUUCUGUACAGUCUUCUGGACCAUCUUCUCCUGAACAGGGCAAACUAAGUAAUCCUACAGAUAAUGAUAAUCAAGCAGGACCUACAAAUCCAAGUGAACCCCACGACAACACAAGUGAUUCACAAAACUCCCUCAAGAUAAUUAAGUCUCAGACUUUAUCAGUGGGAUUGACCCUGAAUGGUUCACGAAGUAAUACGCCAUCCCCAUCACCACUAAACCUCUCUUCAUCCAGAAAUUCCCAGGGUUAUGUGUACACAACAGAGGGUGUACCAGAAGAGCCACAAAUAGAACCUCUUGACCUUUCACUACCAAAGCAACAUGGAGACAUAUUGGAAAGAUCUACCAUAACUAGUGUUUACCAGAACAGUGUUUAUUCUGUCCAAGAAGAACCUUUGAACUUGACUUGUGCAAAAAAAGAACCACAAAAGGACAGCAGUAUUACAGACUCUGAUCCUAUUGUAAAUGUAAUCCCACCAAGUGCCAACCCCAUAAAUAUUGCUAUACCUACAGUCACUGCCCAGUUACCUACAAUUGUUGCCAUUGCUGACCAGAACAGUGUUCCAUGCUUAAGAGCUCUAGCUGCCAAUAAGCAAACCAUUCUGAUUCCACGGGUGGCUUAUACAUAUUCAACUACAGUUAGCCCUGCAGUUCAAGAAACACCGCCAAAACAGACCCAACCUAAUGGAAAUCAGGAUGAAAGGCAAGAUACUAGCUCAGAAGGAGUCUCAACUGUGGAAGAUCAAAAUGAUUCUGAUUCAACACCACCCAAAAAGAAGAUGAGAAAGACAGAAAAUGGGAUGUAUGCUUGUGAUUUAUGUGACAAAAUAUUCCAGAAGAGCAGUUCACUAUUGAGACAUAAGUAUGAACACACAGGUAAAAGACCUCAUGAGUGUGGAAUCUGUAAAAAGGCAUUCAAACACAAACACCAUUUGAUUGAACACAUGCGACUGCAUUCUGGAGAAAAGCCCUAUCAAUGUGACAAAUGUGGAAAGCGUUUUUCACACUCUGGGUCUUAUUCUCAGCACAUGAAUCAUCGCUACUCCUAUUGCAAAAGAGAAGCAGAAGAGCGUGAUAGCACAGAACAGGAAGAGACAGGACAAGAAGUCCUAAAUAAUGAGCAUGCUGGUGCCAGAGCAUCCCCAUCGCAGAUCGACUCAGAUGAGAGAGAAAGUUUAACGAGGGAAGAAGAGGAAGACAGUGAAAAAGAGGAAGAGGAAGAGGAAGACAAAGAGAUGGAAGAACUUCAGGAAGAAAAAGAAUGUGGAAAACUACAAGAAGUAGAGGAGGAAGAAAGGAAAAUUGAAGGUAACAUGAAGAAUGAAGAAUCUGUAAAUCAAGUGAGCAAUGUAGAACAAGAAGCUAUACAGAAUGAUGAGCGGGUGUCAGAAAAAACAAACAAAGCUUAA